AGAUUCCCAUCCCCUCUCUCUCCUCCGCCACCUGUUCCGAAGCCCUCGCUCCCUCCUUUCUCGAGCUUUUCGCCCCCUUCGUCGUCCUCCUCCUCCCCCUCCUUUGGUGCGGCAAUGGCGGAGGCGAAGCUCAAGACCCAAUCCGGGGUUUGGACCACCAUCAAGCCCUUCGUCAAUGGCGGCGCCUCCGGCAUGCUCGCCACGUGCGUUAUCCAACCCAUCGACAUGGUCAAGGUGAGGAUCCAAUUGGGGCAGGGAUCGGCGGUUCAGGUCACGAAGAACAUGCUCGCCCAAGAGGGGUUCGGAUCCUUUUACAAGGGGCUAUCAGCUGGUUUACUAAGGCAAGCUACCUACACAACUGCAAGAUUGGGAUCCUUCAGGGUACUGACAAACAAAGCAGUUGAGGCUAAUGAUGGAAAACCACUGCCACUGCUUCAGAAAGCUGCUAUAGGUCUAACAGCUGGAGCAAUUGGAGCUUGUGUCGGGAACCCAGCUGAUUUGGCACUCAUCAGAAUGCAGGCUGAUGCAACUUUACCGCUAGCACAGAGAAGGAACUACAAAAAUGCUUUUCAUGCACUCUAUCGUAUUAUUGCAGAUGAAGGGGUUUUGGCUCUUUGGAAAGGAGCGGGCCCCACUGUGGUGAGGGCAAUGGCACUGAAUAUGGGUAUGCUUGCCUCGUAUGAUCAGAGUGUUGAACUUUUCAGGGAUUCACUUGGUUUUGGAGAAGUCAGUACCGUUGUCGGGGCAAGCGCUGUUUCUGGAUUUUUCGCAUCUGCAUGCAGCUUACCCUUUGAUUAUGUGAAAACUCAAAUUCAGAAGAUGCAACCUGAUGCCAAUGGUAAAUAUCCGUACACUGGAUCUUUGGAUUGUGCCCUUAAGACCUUAAAAAGUGGAGGGCCGUUCAAAUUUUACACUGGCUUUCCCGUCUACUGCGUGAGGAUUGCUCCACAUGUCAUGAUGACUUGGAUAUUUUUGAAUCAAAUCCAAAAGAUCGAAAAGACCAUCGGAUUGUAGGAGUUUUCGUAAAUGUGAUCCAUUUUCUGCGAGCUCUCUUUUUUUGCUUAUCCGGCUUCUAAAACUUCAAUAGGCAGCCUUCUACAGACAUUGAAAUAUCUUCUCUUUAGACUUUAGUAAUUAAUAAUUGUUGUAUUUGGGAAGGAUUCCCUGGCGAUUUUUCGGCUUAUACGCAAAUAAAUUGAUUGUUCACUGACUAUGCUAUCUUGGAUUAACUCUUUAUUGUUGAAUGAUUGAGGGUUAAUUCAUGAGACUUUCUAAAUUUCCUUCUUGUUUCCCUUCUUCGUCUUUGUUGGCGGUGGCUUCGUACUGCUUAUGUAUGAUGUUCUCACAUUUUCAUCACCAAAACAUAAAUAUAUUAAUGCCGAUCUUGUUUAGAUUUA